AUGCUUGCCCUCCCCCUCGAUGCUCCUCACCCAGCACCUAGCACCCAGCUCUUUAUUCCUGUGCCUGUGCCUUCCAUGCCUGCCUUUCCCCAGCUAAGCGGUUGUGUCACCCACUUUGCUGCUCUGCCCUGGCCAACAGAUGACGAGAUAACCUCUCCCGCCUUGUCCACAGUUCAAGUGGAUAGGCGCAAGGAGGCCACUUGCAGGGAAGUAGGGCAGGCAGGGCAUGGCAGGCUCGAGAGUCGAGACUCGGUCCCUAAGCUGCCGAAUGGAGAACACACAGCUCUGUGGGAUACAAGGCGAGGCUGGAGCGACCAGCGUGCUUGCCUCCGCUUUCCUCGUCCCUUGUCCCGUCCUCAGGUUGUUCUUCCGAACACGCCCCCAUCGUUGCCCCCACGCCCCCAGCCACCCUCUUUGGGCGUGUGGACCCUCGCUGUCGGGCCUGGCCCUUUCUCCAAAUCCUCUCUACCACCACCUUAUCCUUCUCCUUAG